AUUAAAUCCCAACAAAGAGUCCAUCAUCCCAAAGGCUCCAAAGAAGCACAGGAACAAUUGGUUGGGUUCAGGAUUUUUAUAUGCAAUAUGACUUCGUGCUUAUGGAAGAUGCAAUGGUGUAACCAAUGGCAUCUCCGAAGAGGUUCAGGUGGGGUUAAGGUGAAGAUAUGUGGGCUGAUUCAGUAAUUAAGGGAUGCUUUCGCGUUUACUUAUUUUGUCAGGUGGGGUUAAGGUGAAGAUAUGUGGGCUGAUUCAGUAAUUAAGGGAUGCUUUCGCGUUUACUUAUUUUGUCAGGUGGGGUUAAGGUGAAGAUAUGUGGGCUGAUUCAGUACCUGGACCUCUUUGGAGAUGCCAUUGGUUACACCAUUGCAUCUUCCAUAAGCACGAGGUAAUAAUGCAUGUAAAAAUCCAUAUACAUGCAAGAUGAUUAAUUUUUCAUAUACAUGCAAGAUGAUUUCAUUAUUGAUAGUGAUCUAAUUAAUUGUUAAUGAUGUGCAUAUCGUUUUUUUUUUUUUUUUAAAAAAUAUGUGAUUUAAAACAGAGUGGAAGUCAUUAUCUAAUUAACUUAUAAUGGAAGAGUUACUAGAUAAAAAUUUAGUGUUUACGGCUAGAUCCCCUCUCAAUUACUUUAAAUAAAUUCUUAUUAUCUAAUAUUAAUUUUGACUUGAUAUUCGUGUACAUAACGUCAAACAGUGUAAAAUCGAAUCAUAUAAAUCUCACUUAUAGGUUAGGCAUCUCAUCUUUUAUCUAUGAAUUCUAGUAAAUUCAUAUGAUUCAAUUAUUGAAAUAUCUCUACAUAAUUUUCAUACAAAUUGCCUGGUGGGUUAUCAAGGUUGCUUAUUCUUGAAGGAUUGCAUACAAAUACAAAUACGAUUCUUUCCGCUCUUGACUAUUAGCAAAGCGAGAAGAAUAUAUGUGUGCUGAAAUUGGACUCUGCUUCUGAAAGACCAAGAAAUGAACUCUGCUUUCAUGUUUGUUUAUUUUGUCAGGUGAUGGGGUUAAGGUGAAGAUAUGUAGGCUGAUUCAGUUCCUGAACUUCUUUGGAGAUGCCAUUGGCUGCAGCAUUGCAUCUUCCAUAGGUAUGAUGGCUAUCAAACGGUCCAGCUGCUUCCACGCUAGCGGCGGGAAGAACCCCUGCAGAAUAUCAAGCAAUCCAUACAUGAUCGCGUUUGGCGUUGCACAGAUCAUCUUCUCCCAAAUCCCGGACUUCGAUCAGAUAUGGUGGUUCUCCAUUGUCGCUGCCGUCAUGACCUUCACUUACUCUACAAUUGGUCUUGGCCUCGGAAUAGCCAAAGUUGCAGAAACCGGAAAUUUCAAGGGAAGUCUCACCGGAAUAAGCAUAGGAACGGUGACUGAAGCUCAGAAGAUCUGGAGGACCUUCCAUGCACUAGGAGACAUUGCUUUCGCCUAUUCAUACUCCAUAAUCCUCGUCGAAAUUCAGGACACAAUCCGGUCGCCCCCGACGGAAUCGAAGACGAUGAAGAAGGUCUCUCUGAUAAACAUUUCCGUGACGAUCUUCUACAUGCUCUGUGGCUGCUUCGGCUCUGCCGCCUUCGGCGACUUGUCCCUGGGCAACCUCCUCACCGGCUUCGGCUUCUACAACCCUUACUGGCUCCUCGACAUCGCCAACGCCGCCAUUGUCAUCCACCUCGUCGGAGCUUACCAGGUCUACUGCCAGCCGCUCUUCGCCUUCGUCGAGAAGCAAGCAACAGAGUGGUUUCCAGAAAGCGAUUUCAUCUCCAAGGAAAUCGACAUUCGAAUUCCGCGAAUGGGAAUCAAGCCCUACAAGCUCAAUCUCUUCCGGCUGGUAUGGAGAACGAUCUUCGUGAUCGUGACGACCGUGAUCUCGAUGCUGAUGUCGUUCUUCAACGACGUCGUUGGGAUCCUCGGAGGCUUCGGAUUCUGGCCGCUCACUGUGUAUUUUCCCAUGGAGAUGUACAUCAGCAAAAAAAGGAUCCCAAAGUGGAGCACCAAAUGUUGUGAAUCUUGUUUGGUGCUGCUCAAGAGUAUGUCUCUCUAUGCGUAUUUUAAGAUUGGAACGUAUGUUUAUGUAUUUUAAGAUUGGAAGUAUUUUAUUAUAUAAAGUUGAACCAUGCUAAUAAAACGAAAUCGAUUCAAUAAAACUAGAAGUAGAAACAAACCAAUCACUUAGUAAACUCGAUCCAAUCCAACCCAAUAAA